AUGGUCGUCGUCGUCGAAGAAGUCCGUGACGAAGCCGCCGAGCACAUCGCCCCCCAGGAGAACGAAUCCGACUUCGAGACCGAAUCCGAAACCGACUCCAUCUUUUCAGACGAUGAUGACUUCAACCCCACCGACGAGACCUUCUACGAGCGUGUCACCGCGCUCAAGGAUAUCGUCCCCCCAGAGACUCGAGUGAGCCUCUACAAACAGUACCGUUCAACAGCCGAGUGGGCUUGGUGGAGCGUUCAGAGUGCCGGCACCCUUGCUUGGUGGGUCAGCACCAGCGCCCUCUUGGUGGGCUUGCCUUUGGCGCUCGCCAUCGAGGACGAGGCUCGUGUCGUCGCUCAGGAGAAGGAAAUGCAGAUGCAGAGUGCUGGCCAGCAACAGCUCCUCGGCUCUUCUCAGCAAGGCGGACAGCCCCAAGGCGUGCUUCCCCCUGGAUUCUAA